AUGUCUAUGUCUCCUGAUGAGGGUGACCUGAGUGAUGCCAUCUCUAUGACAUCUACUCUGGUUAGCGAUGAAGACCAAGAAUUUGAAGUGGAGCGCAUCCUUGCAGAAAGAGAAGUCUCGGACGAAGAGGGUGAAGACUCGACUCGGUAUCUGGUUCAAUGGACUGGCUACCCGGCACAUAGACAUAGCUGGGAACCCGCUACGGCUUUCAAUUCAAAGGAGACUUUGCAAAGCUGGGGAGCUAGAAAACGGGAGAUUGCCUCGGGCAAAAGGAAACCAUUUGAUGUUCGGAGCUGGGAGGUCCACUGUAAACAUGUGGCAGCGGAGACAAAGAAACGGAAAGCAAAGCGAAAACGUUUACGGGAUUCCAAGACUCGACAGGCUAAGAAAACCGGGGCUCCCGCGAAGACCAACUACAAUCUGGUUGAUGUUGACAGACGCAAAUCACGGCGACGUUCUUCCGUGGAUUCAGUGGCAUCAUCCGCAUUGUUUGUUCCAGAAAACCACACACCUCCUUCACUGGAGAAUACGGCUUCUACCCAAUUCCGAGAGCAGCAGGAUAAUCAGCAUCCUGGGACUCCCCCUCUCCAGGCCUCAUCCGGUCGAUUUGUGUCAGUCAACAAGCCCUUUCCGCCAGGGGAAACCAAUUCUCCCCAGUCAUUGGAAAAGCAAAAUUCAGAACCUUCGGCUACAGCAAGCAAACAGAAAGCCACACGCGAAUCAGCUUCCCACCUCGCUCGAGCAGCAGCAGCAAACUCCCGCAACAGUAGGAAAUCAACGUCCGCGCCGUCGGCUGGACCAGCGAAUACGGAGAGUGAGCAGCCAGCAGGGUCUCAUAAACAGAAACCGCGUCAGCCUACAUUGGCGACGGGCUCCAAGAACACAACGAUCAAAAAGCCAGCGUUAGCUGAAUUUGGUUCGCCUCGUGAGCGAAGGGAGGCGCGUCAACACAGAUGGAGUGAAAGGUCAAUGCCUCUUGCUUCGGCGAUUGACCGCAAAAAGCCAUCUGAGUAUGCACCGCGCACGAUGAUGAGUGACGGCACUCCAGCCAUGCUCCAGGCAGACAGCAGCCGCACAUCUGAGGAAACACAGCAUCAGCUCUCCAGUGAGCUGCAAACCAGCAUCGUUGGCCCACCAAGCCCCUCUGACGAGGUAUCAAACAUAGCAGCUCCACAAUCAGCUGGACAAGAAGUUCCCUUGCCCACGCCCGUGCCUACCACGGCAUCUGCAGUGUCACAGUCCCCCAGUUUUGCUCAAAACCCCCUAGGUUCAUCGCCGGCUCUGUCAUUGGCAAACUCUGAAACUAAUAUCGAUGAAAUUUUCAACCCACGCGGAUCACUGAGUCCAAUUGGUCCUCUUGAUGUUUCUCUCGAGGGAACCACAGGGACUGAUCUUAUCCAAACUACCGAGCCUCCAGAUUCGAACAUGGCUCCUCAUUCACCUAUCCCUAUUCGACCCCGUGUGUCUAUCGAAACAGGGAAUCUCACCGAGAAGGAAAGCUUGCCUAACACCCGUGAUACAGGACACCGAUUUGGCCCCUUCACACUUGAGUCUCCCGCGUUAUCUGUCGACAUACCCAACCCUUCAAAUUAUUCUGUGCAAUCACCCUUCGACCGGAGGUCUCCACCUCCUCGAGGCUCACCUGUACGACACCGCUCGCCCGUUCGUCGACGUUCUCCGCCUGGAGGAACGUAUCGGCCUCGACGACGCUCGUUCUCCAGAGACCGAUCUUUUUCACGAUCCCCUGAACGACGGUCAAUCUCCUCAAGACGUUCACCUUCCCCGCGACAUCCAUCUCCGUCUCGCCGUGAUUCUUAUCGCUGGGCUUCUCCUCCUCAGGAAUCAACUCAACGCCGUGUGCCAAGGGGAGGCGAUAGCUAUAGACCUAGCUUUGACCGCCGGUCUAUUGCCUCUGAGAAUCCAAGGUCAGCUGACUUGCGACACAUCUCAUCGGCGAAUGAUCCAGCUGCCAUCCCUAAAGAGCCAAAAAGCAUGCGCGAUGGGUCCUCGACAUUUUCUGCAAGGGCCCUCGAAAGAGCUAGGGCUGCUGCUCUCAUUGCACAGAUGCCAGUUCGCAGCACCCCAAAACGCGCGAACACGACCCCUGGUGGCUAUUGGUUUGACAGGGACAGGAAUGAGAUUCUUGUCGAUGUUUAUUUCGGGCCGAUGAGACGAGCUAUCGGUCCCCUCAGGCUUUGCGGCUUAGAUCGCCUCGUCAAAAAUGAUUUGGUUAGGAUUGGAAGAAACCCAGACGGCCCUAAUUUCGAGAUUUGGUUCAAAGAUGUGUGCACAGCGGAGGAAUUUGACCGGCUACGUGAACCAAACGUCAGUCUUCACCCUCAUGAUUUGUCUAUCACUGGAAGCUAA